GCGUUUCUGGAACUUCAAAUAAAUUGACAAGGGGUUGCUUGACUGCUCACAAUAGCCAAGAAAAGGAUAUUGGGAACUUGGAAGCUGUACCGUCCUCAUUUCUUACCGAUUCAAAAUUCACAGCAGUUGCUGGUCCUGGGUUUUCAGACAUGGAUGUUGAAGUUACUCUUUCACAGAGCACGUCUAUGUUUUCAGAUGCUUCUAAUUUUAUAAAUGAGGUUGAUGUUGAAGUGCCAGUCACGAUGGGAAGGAAUGAAGAAAACACUGUUAAUUGUCUUGCAAAUGACUUUUAGUCUGAAGAAAACGACCUAUAUUUGUCAGCAUGUAGAAUAAAAGUUGUUGGGUUUGAAGCUUCUGAGAUGCGGAAGAUUGUAAAUAUGAUUCUCAGAGGUGGAGGCUCCCGAUACAUGGUUUUCAAUGACAAAUUAACACACAUAAUAGUUGGAGAUUCGUCAGAAAUGGAGAAAAAGGAGGUUAGAGAUAUUGCUACUUCAGGAGUUGUUCAUGUGGUUAGAUCCAACUGGCUUGAAGAGUGUGACCGUCAGAAGAAGGAGAUCCCUAUUCUUGGUAGACACAUGGCAUAUGAUGAACUUAUUCCUAAAGCAUCUAGUAAAAUGAGCACCAUUGUUAUGGAUCAAAAUAAAGUUCCAAAUGUUCAUCCAAUCGUGCCAUCAAAUGUGUCAGAAGGAAAUAUUCAUGUUAGCAUUGGAAAGACGUCAAUAGCAGUGGAAAGAAUUGAAGAAAAAAGUGAAACAAAAGUGAAUGGAGACAGGAAAAUGAAAUUAUCCCAGAAAAGCCAACAAUGUGUAGCAAAUGGUACAAACAAGAGUUGAGAAAAGAUGGGGCGUGAUUUCAUGGUUUCAAAUGGGAAGUCAUCAUGUGUAUUUAAGGGGAAAAUAUUUUGUUUUUCUAGUUCCUUUCCAGAAGAUCGGGUAUGUUGUAAAGAUUCUUUCCUCUUAUUUCAAACAGCAUGAUUAAUGUACACUAUGCACUUUAGGUUUUAGAUGUAUUAUUGUGGUAAAUAGCAUCCAUUUUUUAAAAAAAUAACAAAGUAGAAGCCCUGUAUUCAAUAUCAGUUGACUUGAGUAAAGAGUAGUUCAUUACUGCUCCAACUCCAUGAUUUUAAAAGCAAGUCAAUGGUGCAGAUAGGAUUCUAGAUCUACUGUUUCUUUAACACUCCGAUCCUGUUAAGAGAAUGAUAUAAAAAAAAUGGAAAAAUUACCUUUUUAGUCCCAAUUUUAUAGAAAUAGGUUUAUUGGUCCUUGAGUUUUCAAAAUGUACUCUUUUAAUCCUUGAGUGCUUAAUGUUAUACUGGAGACUCUCAAAACCAAUUUUUAGAAGAAGUUAUUCUACCUUAAAAAUGUAUAAAGUUAUAUUGGGGACUUUCUAAACCAAUUUUUAUAAACUUAGAGACUAAAAAGGUGCAUGACCAAAUGGGUCUAUUUUUCUAAACCUGGAGACUAAAAAUGUACAUUUUUAAAACUCAAGAACCAAACACACGUGUUCUUCAAAACCAAAACUUGGGGAGUAAUUUUCCUAAAAAAUUUAAGAUAGUGCCAAAUGUCAUUUAGCAUGUGAAAUAAUUACGAUUUUCAUUUUUCAUUUGAGGAAUAUGCCUUCAAAUUUUUUUUACAUUUUAUUUUUGAACACUAACAAACAUGCAUCAACUUUUGACUUCCAUAAUCCCAAAUAUUUUUUAUGUAUAUUUUGAGAUCAUAUUUGAAAUUCUCCUACUAGAGAGCUGAAAUUGUUGAAUGGAUAAAUCAAGGGGGAGGCGAGGUUGUUGAAGAUCACAUGAAGCAGAAAGUGCACUUCACUGUUGAAUGUCAUGGUGGGAUACCAAGGAGUACAGACGUUCAUAGUACUUAUGUGUCAAGUCAUCGGGUUCGAUCAUGUUUAGAGCUGAAUGGAUAUAUGAGUGUGUCA